CCUCUCUCUCCUGCCCUCCAGCAAAGGGCAGGAUGUUGUACCUCACCUCGGACAAGUUUCCUAUCUUCAUCCCUUUCGGCGUCAUCGGUUUCUACCGCUACUUCUGGUACAUCAUUCGUAUCCUCGCUUUCUUCGCAUAUCGUCCUGUGCCACUUCCUCUCAAUCCCACCUAUGUCGCCAGUGAGGACGUGACCAUUAUCGUGCCUACCAUCGAUGCGGGAGAAGAGUUUAUCGAGGCGGCGCGAACAUGGCUCCAGGGCGACCCGCGAGAGAUCAUCAUCGUCACCGAAGAACGGAUGCGCGGGCCUUUGGAAGAGCUCGCCGCUGCAGUGGACGCGUCGAAGAUCCGGGUGCUGACGGUGCCGUACGCGAACAAGCGACUGCAGAUGGUCGAGGGUAUCAAGCACACUAUGACCGACAUCGUCGUCUUUGCGGAUGACGACGCGCUCUGGCCACCGACAAUGUUGCCUUACAUACUCGCAUGCUUCGAGGACCAGAAGAUUGGUGGAGUGGGGACGAGCCAGCGGGUCACCCCUGUCGGGUCGAAGCUGACCGUGUGGGAAGUGCUCGCCGCUUUCCGCCUCAGUAUACGCAACGUCGAGAUCGCCGCGAGCACGCAUAUUGACGGAGGCGUGCCGUGCCUCUCUGGUCGUACGGCCGCGUACCGGACGAUUAUCCUCAAGGACCCGGAGUUCCUACACGGGUUCACGCAUGACUUGUGGUUGGGGAAAUACCAUCUUAAUUCGGGGGACGACAAGUUCCUCACUCGUUGGCUCGUCAGCCAUGGCUGGAAUACGUAUAUCCAGUGCUGUAAGGAGGCGGAGUUACUCAGCACUAUGAAGCCCAAUUGGAGGUUCCUGAAGCAAGUGCUGAGAUGGACGCGGAACACGUGGAGAAGCGACCUGAGAAGCUUGUUCAAAGAGCGGUAUAUAUGGCAUCGGUUCCCCUAUGUUGCGUACACGAUGGUGGACAAACUCUUCAACCCGUUCACAUUGCUUGUUGGGCCAUGCCUGGUCAUAUACCUUAUCGUCAAAUCGACAAAGUCCGUCCAAGAAGGCGGGUACCAUCUCCCGUGGUGGGACAUCGUGCUGUCAUACUUCGUCUGGCUGCUCGUAACGCGCACAGCUAAGCUGCUGCCGCAUUUAUGGCACAGACCGGAACAUGUGAUCUACGUACCCGCGUUUAUCCUCUUUGGGUACUAUUUUGCGGUCAUGAAGAUAUUUGCACUGCUUACGCUGCAUGAGACGGCCUGGGGCACUCGUGCGGGUAUUGGCGACCCAACAACGGCCACAAAAGCCAUGGACCAUACAAGCACAGACCCUGAUGCGCCGAACAUGCCCUGGCUGCAGGAGAAGACGGUGCCGGAGCCCGUGGCGUCUGAGGGGAUCGCGUCCGAGAUGAGGGAAUGGGACCCCGAGGCGGUGGUGUAUGUACGUAAGGACUGAUGGACUUAGCCGUGAAGGGACGAUGAUGUGGCCAGAGCUUACAACUUGUAGCAUUAUUUAUGACCGCACUUCUAGCAUACCUCAGUGGGACAGUCUGACUCAGGAUAUCAUACCGUACGAGCGGAGUAAUCAAAUAAUUGUCUAUCAUCCC